AAACGAUAAUUGCCUAUCGGUAAGGAAAUAUAUACGAUAGACGAUAGAGAAUAACAAAUCUAUAAUAACGCAUCACUUUCAGAAUGGAACGAAAAAGACUAUCGAAACACUUUCAUCUCAUCUCUAAAGCCGGUAUCCAGAUCACAUUCAGAAUAUUAGCAAAUUACUCAACGAUAUUGACAUCACAUUUGAUAAUCUCAAAAAUGUUGUUUCAGCACUUGAACAGCUAUAUGCUUCUCCUAAUUUUACUUGGAUACAUUCUUCAAUUGAUGCAUACUGUCUUAUUUGUUAUAACCGCGAUUUUGAUAUUCUUAAGAAUAAACAAGAAGAACAAUAUGAUUCAUCUUCAAUCCCGUUCGAUAUUAUUAGUUCAUUCAUUAUAAACAUGCACGAUAGCCUAUAUAAACAAAAAUUUCAAUUCAGUAAAUUUACAACACCAUUAUCGAAAAACACGCUUUUAUUACAACAUCUCUAUACAAUUAUAUCAAAAACUGAAUUAAAACUAGAUGAUUGCCAUACAAUUUUCAAUCAGUUAUUCAAGCUUCAACUACGAAUGAUAAUUAUAAAAGACUACAAACUAUACCACAAUUAUCGUUUGUUUAUUAUAUUUUACCUUUUUAUGACCUGAGAAACAACAUUUUUCAUGUUAAACAACAAUCAUCUACUAUUAAUCCGCUAUCAUCCACUUUCUUACUCUCAAGAGUAGCAACAGCAACGUCAAUUUUCGAUACAUUAUCUUCAUGCCCGAUCUCCAGUUCAGUUCUGAGUUCAGGUACGUUUACGUUACCAAGAACUCCACUGUCACUACCUACAAUAUUAAAUACCGAUUACACACAACAACUACCUCAUUCGUUACCUUCUUCACCUCACUCUUCAACAAUAAGUCAUUUGUAUAUUCAAGAAAAUGUUAAUCCAUCAACCGACAGUAUUAACCUUUGCGAAUCAUUAUCAAAUGAUAAUUCACAACACCAGAGACCUUUAACGAAGGAUGGUAAUGAUCCAAUUGAAUUAGAUCGUAUGGAUUUUCUAUUAUCAACUAAUCAACAACAAAGCUCAACAACGCAUUCACCUUUACAAAAAACUACAUCAAUGACAUCAGUUCCACUUCCUCCAGUUUUAACAAAUACUUUAUCUCCUGUUCAUGUGCCAUUUUUAAUUUUUGAUCCAACGUCGUCAUGUAAUUCAGCAACAGUUACAACAUCAACUUAUACAACAUCAAUUUCUCAUUUACAUGAAAUUCGUUCUCAACGUCUAAUGAGAUGUAAUACUAACUCAAUUGAUACAUCAGAAACUGUAGAUUUUAAAGUGUUAAAUCUAAAACACAAAUAUGAUUACAUCGACAAAGAACGUCCGUGGUUUCAAAUGUCAACGAUAAAUAUUGAUCAAGAUCCAUUAGCAACCACACCAAGAAUGAUUCGCUCAAUUCAACAAACCCAUUUAUCUUCAUCCUGUUUAUCAACAAUAUCAUCUAGAAAAAAUAAUUUACCACCAGAUGUUGUUUUUAGAAAUGAACUCGAUCGUCUAAAACGUUACGAAAAUCACUUAGCAAUACUUAAUUCACAUAGCAAUACUUAA